AUGAAGUACAUGCAUUUGUACGUAAAUGUGCUUAGGUCAUUGGUAUAUGUGACCUUCACAUUGCGAAAAACGUAUCUUAAUGUAAAGAGCAAAAAUAGAUUAUACUUCGCGACACUAAAAACGGGUUAUAGACCAAAACCAACGCGCAAUAGCAAGUACUUCCAUAUAGAAGAUGAUAUCGUCUACGAGAACUUCUACUUCGACUUCGGACCGUACCAUCUCUGCCACCUCUAUCAGUUCUGUAAAAGACUCACUGAGGAAUUGGAGAAGAACCCGAAAAAGAAGAUUGUUUUCUACACCAGCAAUAAUGAAACGCUUAGACUCAACGCAGCAUACCUUAUCGGAAGUUAUCAGAUAAUAUAUCUGGGCGCGUCGCCGGCCGCAGUGUACAAACAGUUGACCGAAGGGUCUUGGUCGCUAUUGAGCUUCAGGGACGCAUCAGGGGGACCCCCUCUUUUCGACAUAUCCCUCUUGGAUGUAUUACAUGGGAUCAAAGUGGCGCAUGACGCCAAGUUCUUUGAUUUCGAGCACUUUGAUGCUGAACAGUAUUUGUUUUAUGAGAAAGUAGAAAACGGCGAUCUAAACUGGAUAAUUCCAAGUAAAAUGUUAGCGUUCUCUGGGCCGCACCAUCGCUCGCGUCUCGACCGCGGCUACCCUCUCCACAGUCCGGAACACUACCACGAGUACUUUAAGAAAUAUAACGUAACUACAGUAGUGAGGUUGAACAAGAAGUCGUACGAUGCGAAACAGUUCACGUCACACGGUUUCGACCAUCGAGAACUGUUUUUCGUAGAUGGUUCCGUACCAUCGGAUUUGAUUGUGAACAGAUUUAUUCGUAUUGCGGAAACGGCGAAGGGAGCGGUUGCUGUGCAUUGCAAAGCGGGCUUGGGCAGAACUGGUACUCUAAUAGGGUGCUAUAUGAUGAAGCACCACGGGUUCACGGCGCGCGAGGCGAUCGCGUGGCUACGCGUGUGCCGCCCCGGCUCCGUUAUUGGUCACCAGCAAUGGUUCUUGGAAAACAUCCAACCACGAAUGCACGCUCUAGGCGAAGCAUACAGACGUCGUCUCAACAUCACAUCUUUCCCGGUAUUUUCCCGGGGCAUAUACAGUGACCUGCCACCGGAGCCAUUGCCCGAAAUGCACAAGCCUGUGUCUUUGCAAACUAUACUGAAUAGUAAGAAUAACAAGUUGGAUAACGCAAACGUCCUAAAUGCAAACGAAACGGAUUCCGAAAAUAACGUCACUUCCGUAAUCGGUAAAUACAAAACCACAGCCACUCCAAUGCUGCCAACCAAAACAGUAUUCACGCCAAAAAUUAACUACAUGAUGCCAACAAACAACAUCCGCAACGCCAAUAAUACCAACCUAAAACCCCAACCGAGGAUUAUGAAUGCGACAUUGAAAUCCUACGCAUCUAAGACUUCUACUUUCCCGCCAACCAGAAGUGCCAACUCUCAAGUGAAAUUGACUGGGGUUAAAACACCUUUUACAGGUAAGAACAGCUUCCACGGUCAACGUGCCAAUUUAGCGCGUCCCGCCCUUCCAUACUCCCAUGGGAAUAGCCCCAUAAAAACUUUCACAAGAAAAGCCAUCACAAAAAUUACUGGAAAUGACUCGUCCGUAGUAUCGACUCUCACAAAUGUCACUUCUACGCUGUCAGCCCUAACUGAGAACUGUCAUUUGAACGGCAAAAACCGUCUACCAUCAGAACCUAGCCUAAAAGCCGUCACCCAAACAAAAACUACCAACAUUCCGCGCAAAAAACUAAUCGUUCGAUCAAAUUCGAGCUCACGCAAGAAACUUCCAAAAAGCCUUCCAAAGUCCGGUCUAGAAGCCAGUCAGGAACUGUCUUCCAGUGAUACCAACAUAACGAACAUAUCCGCCGACUCCUUAGACACGCCCUUUCGUUUCCGGCGGAAACGUGACAAAUCCAAAACCCCAGAACCAAUGGAUUGCAUAUCAAACUCCGUUAUAACCGCCGACGUCACUCCAGACAACUUUGAGGAAACGAGUAAUUCUCAAGGGAACAAGUUAUACAAGAUAAAAGCGUUACGAAAAAAAUGUCCCGCUUUUGGUGUAAGUUUGUUAAAGAAAGAUGGUAUUCAAACUCGGUCGAGUAGUUGCGCGAGUAGUUCUACUGUUAAGAAGAAA